AUGUCCUUGACCGACACGACUUACCCGAGUGUGGUGGAGUCCCCCGUGAAUGGGGAUGCCCCUACGACCGCGAGCACGACCGCGACUGGCGAAGAGCGACAAAUCGCGAUCCGACUGACGACCCAGGAUGCUCCGUACGAGAUCCCCGCGACCAAGUUUCUCGUUCCCGCCAGUUGGAGGCGCUUCCAUCUUUCCCAGUUGAUCAACAAAGUGCUCAACAAAGACGGUCAGUCUCCAAAGCUGGCAUCGUGAUCGCCGCCGGAGGUGCCGGAGCCCCUGAUCAGAGUCGAGUUGCGAGGCAUCGGCAAGAGCUGACAUGCCCUUUCGUGCCUCAAUCACCAGAGUCGACCCCCUUCGAUUUUCUCAUCAAUCAAACCCUGUUGCGGUCGUCGCUCGGGGCGUACUGCGCGCAGUCAGGCGUCUCGGAGGAAGUCACGCUCGAGAUCGAAUAUCUCCCGUCGACCCUUCCGCCUCAACUCGAAUCGACGAUCCCGUCCCAGGACUGGGUUUCCGAUAUUUCAUUAGGCGUCAACGGGUGAGUUGUCAUUUGGACUCUUGUGCGCGAUCCUUCCGGACCAAGAGUGCAGAUUUUGACCCACCCCUGCCAACGUGCGUACCACUAUGCGAACAGAGCGAUCCUCUCCUCUUCCUACGCUGGCACGCUGUCCUACGUUUCAACGCUAGACCCGUCAAACUCUCUCACAUUCCACGGGCACGAUUUAUCCGUCUUGUCGUGCUGCUACGUACACAACCCGGCGGGCCAAUCGAGCUCGAGAGCCGAAUCCGGCUGGAUCGCCAGUGGGGGGAUGGAUCGAGUCGCGCGGGUGUGGUCCUAUAGCGUAAGUCCGCCUUCCACUUGGAGCGCCUGAAAGCCUCUUUCGGCUAAAGUUGCUGCGAACAUUUCUCAGACCCCUUCAACCUCUUUGACGAAUCCGACCCCAUCGUCCGAGGUAAUUGCUCCUUCCACUCUCUACACCCUCUCCCUCCACACAGGUCCCGUCUCGUCGAUCCGAGCGCGACCUUUUCCCUCUUCGUCGACCGAGAUCAUGGCAACGCCCCAUCUUCUGACCGGUGGGUGGGACGGCGUCGUCGGCGUUUGGGAUUUGACCAAAGGCGUCAAUGAGGGGGACGCGAUCGAGGACGAUGGCCAGGAGAGGAAGAAGAAGAGAAGACGGGCAGCGCCAGGGACGGUCGUCAACAAGGUGGGUUUGGUCUGUUCCUACAUACGAAGGUAUGGGCAAGGCUUUCGAAGCUGACGUUCGCUUGAGCCAAUGCCGUAGACCCCUGUCUCCGCCUUGCUCGGUCACACGGGCAAGAUCUCGCGCGCCAUCUUCUCCUCGUCCUUCUUGACCUCGUCGCAAGCGUAUUCGGCCUCGUACGACCACACACUCCGAACAUGGGACCUUUCGACUGCCCAGCUCUUGACGACCCGAACAGCCCCCUCUUCUUCCGUCCUCUUGGACCUAGCCCAACUAUCGCAAUCGACGAACCUCCUCAUCACGGGCUCGACGGAUCGAUCGAUCGGCGUAUGGGACACAAGGGAGGAUGCCUCUUCCCACAUUUCAAUCAGUCUCACCGGUCAUACGGGUCCGGUUUCGAGCGUCGUCGGGCACCCGAAGGAAUCGCUCUUGAUCGCUUCGGGCUCAUACGACUCGACGGUCAAGAUCUGGGACGUGAGGAGUCCCAAGCAGGCCUUGUUCAGCUUGGAUAUGCCGAGGGAGGAAGGAGACGAGACGAAGAACAGGGUUUUGGCGCUCGAUUGGGAUGGCGAACGACUGGUUGCUGCCGGAGAGGGGGCAAAGGUCGCGAUGUGGAGGGUCAGUGGGACCAAAGGCGUUGAGGCUCAGUAG